ACCAGACACAAAGGGGAACCUCAUCCUCAUAUAGGUGAUGACUUCUAAUGACCGAUGCUUUGGUUUACAUAACUUGUUGUGUCUUCGGUCAGAGCAGCAAGUGGCACAUGGCCUAAGAAAUCAUUACCAAUCACCUGACUCAUCCCACUGAAUCAGAUCUGGUCACACUCCUGCAGCUGCCUCUUUACUUAGCGCACUAAGUGCAGAGGUUCACCUUCUUGAAAAGAACUAUAGGCAAACGAAUAACUCUUUUUCUCGAUACAAAAGUUUUCUGUAUUAAAUUACAAGCCUCAUACAAAUUACUGAAGGUGGGCAGCAGAUAAAAUCACCUCUGAGACUUAAACCUUAAGACAGCCUUCAUAUUCUCGGGCUGUUAUGUUCAGUCUCAUGCUUUCUCAUAAGGUUUGUGUCUUGACGCGUUUUGGCACAAUUGCGCUUAGCUGCUAUGAGCAGCCCAAUAACCUGAUGUUAAAUCUUGAUCUACUGUGACUUUGAUGUAGACUUUGCGUAAUAAUUUCUAUCUACCAAUCGGUGCGGAAGAGAGGUGGAGUUUUAGGGUAACACGCGGACAAGGUGCUGGCGCGCACCACAAGCUUUGCGCUCAGAUCGGCAUCACGCCUUUAGUCCUAUGUGCAGGUGCUAUGGGGAACAUCGAAGUGAUAACGAACACCGACACGACAGAAGAUUUCUUUCAGGGGGUCACAGAAAACAGUUCAUUAAGUUUUGGAAGUCUGGAGGACAUCGACGUGUCUGCUGAUGGCAGUCUGCUCCUGCGCUGCUUUAUCUCCCUUACCUACGUGGUGGUAUGUACCGCGGGUUUGGUGGGCAACCUCUUUGUGCUCGUGUUUAUCCGGGCGAGACAAGCGCGCAGGAAAUCCGCAACCAAUGUCUUCGUGCUCCAUCUGGCCGUCACGGAUUUCCAGUUUGCGCUCACGCUGCCGUUCUGGGCUGCAGACGCAGCUCUGGACUUCAGCUGGCCGUUUGGCGACGUCAUGUGCAAACUCGUGCUCUCGGUCACGGUGAUGAACAUGUACGCAGGUGUGUUCUUUCUCACUGCCAUGAGCGUGGCGCGGUACAGGUGCAUGGUAUCUGCGCUCAAAGAGCGCGCCGGCGGCCGAAGCGCACGCUCCUCUGUCAAACUCGUAGCCGCUGUGUUGUGGUUGCUGGCCACCGCUGCCACCGCGCCUACGUCCAUCUUCUCCACGGUUAACGAGGUGGCCGGGGAAAAGCUCUGUCUUUUACGUUUUCCGUACGGGCAGCGUUGGUUGGCUGUGUAUCACUUGCAGAAAAUCCUGCUCGCCUUUGUGAUACCCAUGGCCAUUGUCUCCAUCAGCUAUCUGCUUCUAUUGAGGCUUGUGCGCCGUCACAGUUUGAAGUCCAGAGCGCACGUCACCCGCUCGGUUGCCCUGGUGGUCUUGUCCUUCUUCCUCUGCUGGAUGCCCAAUCACGCCGUGACGCUGUGGGGAGUCUUAGUGAAGUUAAACGCCGCGCGAUGGAACAAGGCAUACUACGUGGCGCAUACCUACCUGUUCCCUCUCACUGUGUGUCUGGCUCACGCGAACAGCUGCUUAAACCCGGUUAUAUACUGCCUCACACACAGAGAGUUCAGGCGGAAACUGAGACACUUUUUUCUCCGUGACUGAACACGCACACGCGUGACUGAGGAGCUGUUUGUGCCUCCUGUACGCACCGAAGUGUGUUUCUGUGUCGUGUCCUACAAGUGAUCGUAGCUCCGUAAGACGAAGAAAAACGUGUUUUCCACAAGCUGCUUCAAUAUUUUGUGCGUAAUGACGUGUAAAAUGUUUGUUAUGAAAACACUCGAAAAGCAGGACAAAUUCUAACCUUAAUCUCAAAGAGAGAUUGAAGUCCAAAUGCCUGGGACCAAAACUGAAUUAAAAUUUUUUUUAAUGUUAUAAUAAAAACAAAUAAAUUAAAUGUUCAAUAUCUUGAAUAUUUAACAUUUUAUGUUUCUGCACAUUUUCUAAAUCCCUAUUUUAAGUUGAGCGUAAAUGUGGUAUUGACCAUUUUAACUGCUUUGUUGUACAACAGGUUCAAUUUUUCCUCAUGCCCAAUCUACGCUGAUGGAUUUGAUCAAAAAUGUAUCUUAGGUUUUUCUAUAAACUUGUGGAGUCAAUUCAGCUUUACUGAAUUACUAAGAAAUUAUUACAUUUAUGUAGAUAUUUAAAAGAUUCUACUUUUCGCUUAAGUUGUUGUCAGUAAUAUAAUUUAUAAUGAUUAUUUUUGUACUGUAUUAACCUGCUGGGUUGUCUCAGAUGUAUGGAGCCCAAUUUGUGUAUAUUAUUGCUUAUGAUGGCAUUAUUUAUUUUAUUUUUUUAAAGGGAAAAAAACUUUAAGAAAAAAAAAGAUAAUCUCAAUAAGGUUUGUUCCGCUAAUUGAAAUAAAGGUACCAAAAUAGAGGUAGCGAACCUCUGUAUGUGCAUCAGUACGGUCAGUAUGGUAUUACCCCAGCAUCAAGAAAACUUACAUUUUGGUGCUUUUAUUUCUGAGCUUCUCAGAAAGCUAAAUCCUAGUAAUAUGCUAGUAAUCAGAAGAACAUCUGAGGAACUGACCUUAUUUUGAAAGAGAACCAUAGUGAGAAUGGUGAACUUGGAAAACUGUGAAGAGUAAAAGUUUACUUUCCAGUUGAGAGAACUAACUGUGUCUCCCAAAUGGCUGGGAUACACAUUGUUAUCGAACCGGAUGUCUUUAAAUGUUAAUCAUGGUCACGUAAACCUUUGCUUGAUGUUGCUAUAGUCACCCAAAUGGUCACUUUAAAUGGUAAUCACGGUCACGUACCCUUUGUUAGUGGCGAUCCUUGAUGUCCUGCUGAUGUCCGGCAUUCUUGCAGUCUAUACACCGACACUUCUCCGACAAGUCUUUGAUAUUCCUAUAAAUAAACCCCAAAUCACUCAUGUGUGGCAUAAUCAGAAGUAUAUAAAAAGUGGACAUUUAUAUGACGUCUAAUAGACUUAAUCAAGCUGUGCAGUGGUAAUGAGCUUGAUAUUAUCGUGACCGUGUCAGAUCAAGCUGUUUUUUUAUUUACACAGAUAAUGACCAGAAGCUUAUGAAUUUAAAUAAGAGAACCCACAGUAACUCAGCAACUAUGUUAUGAUUGGAUUCUGCCUCAUUUGCCUGUAGGACACAUUCAAUGUGCAUUUUCCUUUUCCUGUCUAAGGAAAUUGGUGAUUCCCUCAAUCUCAUUUCACUGUAUGCUUCCACUGCGGCACAGAAAUUGUCUACACCAUUUAAUUUAAAACCAGACCUCACAAAUAAUCAAGUUUAUACAGGAAUAAAAAGCAGGAGAAAAUUGUCUGUCUGAGCCCUUUCUUGCUCUCCUCUGUUGUUCUGUUUUCCUUAAAACUUGUAGCA